CCUGCACCAAUUUCUGCCGGCGUCAGUAAAUGUACACACUUUGGAAACAAACCUCGGGGGAGUUUGUCCAGCAUUUGUUGUUAGGAAACGGGGAACAGCGGGGUUGUCAGACUCCCACUUGUGCCUCGCACCAUAUCUGCUUGAUUUAUGUUUCCUCUCUUUCAAGAAGACUUGAAAACAGCACAGUUGCUGGUUUUGGUUUAGUUAACCAGGCAUCAUGGGGUCAGAGAAAGAAGUGCUCGUGGCUGCUGCUGUUUUUCUUGUUGCCCUCAUUUCACAGAGCGAGGGCAUCAUCGGCGGCCGAGAGGCAGCGCCGCACUCUCGGCCUUACAUGGCUUCCAUCCAGGCGCCGGAGGGCGAGACUAUGAAGCACGAAUGCGGAGGGUUCGCGGUCGCAGAUCAGUGGGUGAUGACCGCGGCGCACUGUCUGCCGAGCGGGCCCGGCGGGAGGAAAGUGGUGCUGGGUGUCCAUUCUCUGAGUGAACCCGAGGAGACGAAGCAGACCUUUGACAUUUUGGAACUUCACAAUCACCCAGACUUCAGCCCCUGGAAUUAUGACAAUGACAUUGCCUUAAUUAAGUUGGACCGCCCGUUUAACGUCUCGGAAGCCGUGAAAACGGCGGAAUUCCUGCGGGCGGGAGGCGCAAACCCCGGCGCCGACGCGGAGGUCGACACGGCCGGCUGGGGAUCCCUCGACAACCUGGGGUCCAGGCCGGACAAGCUCAAGGAGUUGGCCGUCGAGGUGGUCAGCUCGGCCCGGUGCAGACGCAGCGACUACUUUGGCAGGAAGUUCACGGAUAACAUGAUCUGUGCGCACAGAGUUUGCCCAGACCCCUGCGGUCAACCGCAUAGGAAAGAAGACAGUUGUGAUGGUGAUUCUGGGGGUCCUCUGCUCUACAAUGGCGUUGUGGUGGGAAUCACUUCCAAUGGUGGAAAGAAGUGCGGGCAAAUGAAAAAGCCUGGGAUUUACACCAUCAUCUCCCACUACACCGAGUGGAUUGACAACACCAUGGCCCUGCAGCCUACUGCAGCACAGGACUAGAGCAGCUCGAUAGAGGACAGCAGACAGUUCAGUUAUUCGAUCAAUCAAUCAGUCAAACAAAAAUAUGAUUUUUGGGUUGUUUUUUGGUUUUUUUUGUUAUAUUGUGUAGCACCUUUCCUACAGGCCCACGCAAUGCAUGGCUCUAAAGAUUGAUUUCCUGUACGGCAAACAUACUGCAACCACCAAUACAAACAGAUUUACCAGAAUAAUAUAUUUCAUACUAUAUUUCACAUUUUUUUUUUUUUAUAAUCACAUCCCUAUAUAAAAGGAAUCAAUAAAACACAG